AUGUACAACAAUGAACUUCUUCAGUUGACCCUACCAUUUGGUCUGUCAUCAGCCCCUAAGAUGUUUGCCAGUCUCAAGCUGGGUUGCGGAAAUCCUUUGAGUACAAAGGUGGUGCAUAUUAGUUUAUCUGGACGAUUAUUUCUUGGUCAACCAGGACCAACCAGUACGUGUGUCACAGGUUGCGGAAACCUUGAGAACAUUAGAAACCUUGGGAUGGCAUGUAAACUACAAGAAGUCUGUUCUGCAGCCUUCUCAGGGGGAGUUCAGACAAAACCGAUUAAGGGAAAGAAAAGCCUACCAUUACCUGCUCAAUUAAACUUCAAAUGGUGGUUGGAAAAUGAGGAUCAUAGCUCACUACCAAUAAUAAAAAAGAGUGUCACUCAUUACCUAUCCUCAGAUCCAGCGGAUGCAGGCUGGGGAGCAGAACUAAACAACAUUUAUAUUUCAGUUAAGUGGGCUCCACAUCAACAUUUGUCAUUCCAACAUCAAGACUACAAA